CUCACAGUAGAAUAGAGGUCUACGGUUAACAGCUUGGUGUUCUGUGGCGCUGCAGACGUGGCUUGAGGUGAAUCUGUCUUUGGAAUCAGCCUGGCGACCUUCGAACCGGGAGUGAUGGAACUAUCCCUGAUGGCAGCACAGCAUUUCCCGGCUGUGAGUGGGGCCUUCAUGGAUUCCCCAUACAAUGGCAAUGCGUCCCUACAGACGUCCACGUCUAACCUCAACACCGGCUACUCCCGGCCUUCGGAAGCAGAGGAUGAUGGGAAGGUGUCCAGCGAUACUAUCUGGCUGUGGAUCGCUGUGCUGGCGACCAUUGGCAACAUAGUGGUGGUGGCUGUGGUUUGCGCCUGUGCCUUCUGACGAGAUAGUGGAAAUAGUAAACGGAGUAAAACACUGCUGUUGUCAGAUGACCAGAAAAUCUUUCAUCUCCCAAAAA